AUGAGGCAAAACAAGAUAACGAUUCUGGGGGUUACCCUGCUUCUUUGCUUGCGAAUGGGACAGUCGCACGGAUUCGGUGGAAAGCUCAAAGGAGGCUAUGCACCAGUCUACACCAACUUUGUUCCCUACCCCGUGGCCCAGCCGAUCCCAGUGCCCCAGCCUGUUCCAGUUCCCGUGGCCAUUCCACAACCAAUUCCAGUGCCAGUGCCCCAGCCCGUAGUGGUUCCCAUUAAGCACGGUUGGAAGGGUGGAUUUGGAGGGCUGGGUGGUUUUGGCGGUGGCUACGGAGCCGCUUUCGGUGGCUAUCAGAACUUCGCCACUGCCUCCUCCUUCAGCUCUGCCAGCUCUUUUGGCGGAGGCUACGGCGGCUUUGGAGGUGGCAUUUUUAAGAGACGCUAG